AUGCUUGGAGACAAAAAGCCCAAGUUUCGCUUCUCGUUCAGUAUCAACGACUUGUCGAAGAUACCGCACACUUCUGGGUAUUGCUAUGCCGAGCUCUCGGUUGCGGACGGGAAUCCUAGCAGAUUUCACAGUGAUCUCUCCUCAGUGUCAUCAAGUGGAGCCAGUCUGAAUCUGGAGAACAAAGCUUCUUCGCAUUCGUCGACGCGACGGAUUCAAGUACGCACGCCUCGGUAUCGUAUCCAUAAUUUCAAGUGCCAGUUCAACUUCUCCAUGACUUGCAACUUAAAGUUCUCGCUUCGUAGAAAAGACGAUAUGCUCGGGGACAAGUACAUCUUGCUUCGUGUCUAUUACAUCACGGAGAAGCACUCCAGACACGACCACCCGAUGGAGUUGGGCGAGGUGAAAUUGAACUUGACGGAGUAUUUGAACUUCAGAGAGCCUGUGACGGCCAAAUAUCUCCUUCAGGAAUCUAAAGUGAACUCAAUUCUAAACCUAACUAUCAGCCUAGAAGAGCUCCCCGCAGACUUCGAAUUCCACACGCAGUUGAGUAUUGACAAUUCUAAGCACACUCAGCCCAAUACAAGCUCGAGCCUCGGUAUUUCGAGCGCAUCGGAAAAAGGAACGAAGUCGUUCAAUGUGCCCCAGUUUCAGCGCCAGGCAGUGUUCGGUGGUCUAGACGGUGUUAUCAAUCCGCAAGCAAAUAAAGAGACAGGUCGAAGUCUGCCUCAGCAAGCCGAUUCCGUGUCGGGUGCACAAAGUGAAGACGAAGAAGCCGACGGGGAGAAUACUUUGCAACCUGAUAGACACAUCACAUCAGUAGGAACAAAACCAAUUGAAGAUGUCAUUGUCGACCCAAUCAUCGGUAGUUUAUACCGGAAGAUUCUUGAGUCUUCGUGGGAUCCUGACUUACAUGUUCUUCUCAAACUCACGCCACAGAAAGUGGUAGACGAUAUUUUUGACCUGGAGAAAGAUCCUUCGAAAAUGGAGAGUAACCUACAACACUAUCGAGACUUGCGACCAGCAGACAACGAUGAUUUGAAAAAUGUGGAUGGGCUUAUGAUAGAGUCUAAAUUUAGGAAUAACUUGAAGAGCUGGUCGGUCUCUUGGACGUGA